AUGGCUGCUGCAAAACUCCUGAAAGCUCCUAAUGUGUUCGCCACGUUCAUCCGGGGCGGCACUAGCAAAGCACUCUUUUUCCAUGCAAAGGACCUUCCCAAAUCAGGAACAGCCAGAGAUGAGUUUCUCAUACGUGUCAUGGGAUCGCCUGAUCCCGGCCAAAUUGACGGAAUGGGCGGUGGACGCAUCGUAACCUCAAAAGUUGCCAUCGUCCAGCCUUCGGAAAGACCUGAUGCAGACGUUGACUACACAUUUGCUCAAGUCGGUCUCGAUGAAGCAACCGUUUCAUACGGUGCUAAUUGUGGGAAUAUUUCGGCUGGUGUUGGUCCUUUCGCAAUCAAUGAGGGACUGUUAAGAACAGACAAUUGGCAGAAUCGCAAGAGAGUGGUCAAAAUCUACAACACCGGGACAAGCGCAAUUUUGAUUGCCCAUGUUCCGAUUGAUGAUUCAAAUGGGCGAGCAUUAGAGAAGGGUGACUAUUCGAUAUCUGGAUGCCCCGGGACCGGUGCUCCUAUUUUAAUGGACUAUUCACAGACAGCAACACCUGAACGAAUGCUACCCACUGGCAACCCGAUAGAUACACUCAAAUGCACAUUUGGCACAGUCGAAGCUACGUACUGCGAAGUUGGCAAUGCUAUCGCGUUUAUCGCUGCGCAAGACCUCGGCAUCCAAGGCAACGAGACAGUGAGCGCCAUUGACAGCAAUUCUGAGCUCAUCGCUCGCGUCCGAGAAGUUAGAGGACGGAUAUCUGAGAAGCUUGGCAAAUGCAAAGCCUGGAAUCAGGUUGAUGAACAGUCCCCGAUGCUUCCGAUGGUUGCCUUGGUCUCAAAGCCAACGUCGGAAGAGGGACAUAUUCAAGCGCGCCUGUUUCUUGAUAAUCAUUGUCACCCAAGUAUGGCCGGAACAGGAGGGGUUUGUACGACUGCUGCCAGCCGGAUCGAAGGUUCAGUCCUCAAUCGUCUGUUGAGUCCUGCCACAUUAGCCUGUGGCACUCUCAAAAUCCAACAUCCCGCGGGCCAUCUCCCAAUGUCUGUUAAAACCAUAGCUGCGGGACAAGGGGAAACGUUGCCUGCUUUCAGCGUUUUGGGUUUCGUCCGCACUGCGAGAUAUAUCUUCCAGGGGCAACUAUUUGUUCCCAGCGAUAUCUAG